CCGCCAGGGGGCGCUGUCGGCCCGGCUGAGGGCGGCGCGGGCGGGCCAAGAUGGCGCAGGCCGUGAGCGUGGCCGAGCUGGGGCUGCCGCAGCUGGAACUGCUCAAAGGGCAGCUGGAGCAGGAGGUGGAGUUCCUGUCCUCGUCCCUGGCGCAGCUCAAGGUGGUGCAGACCAAGUUUGUGGAGGCCAAGGAGUGCCUGAACGUCCUUCACAAGGGCAACGAGGGCAAGGACCUCCUUGUGCCGCUCACCAGCUCCAUGUACGUGCCGGGCAAGCUGCAGGACGUGCGCACGGUCCUGGUGGACGUUGGCACCGGCUACUACGUGGAGAAGUCUGCCGAGGACGCCCGGGCGUUUUUCAAGCGCAAAAUCGAAUUCCUGACACGGCAGAUGGAGAAAAUCCAACCGGCCCUGCAGGAGAAGCACGCCAUGAAGCAGGCCGUGCUGGAGAUGCUGGCGCAGAAGCUGCAGGCGCUGACGGCGGCUCCGGCGGGGGCCAAGGCCUAACCCCCCCAAAAAAAAUCCUGAAAUUUCGGGGUGCAGCCCACCCGAAACUGCGCUGGGCAUUUGGGGGUGUGACCCCCCCCAAAAAAAAUCCGGGAUUUGGGGGUGCAGCCCCCCCAAAAUCCCGAUCCCCCCCCCUGUUUUGUAGCAGCCCUGGAAUAAAGGAGAGACAGCUC